UCCAUCGGAUCCCAAAAUGUUUUUCAAAUCAAUUUUGAAAUUCUAAACAUAUUAACUAAACUAGUAUAAAUACAUGAUCCUCAACCACUCAAAACCUAAGUACUAAACAAAACUCUUCGAGAGAAAACUCACAAAAGCAGAGUAAACUUGCAGAGCGAAGUGCGAAAAUGUCGAAAGGCAAAACCCUAGCUCAUCACCGCGGCGAUGGAGAAGAAGAAGAUGAUGAAGAGGAGUACGAUGAUGAAGUAGAAGAACUGGAGGAGGAGGAUGAGGAAGAAGAUGAGGAGUUUGAUGUAGAGGCUUAUGAAUCAAGAGGUUAUAGUAGAAGUGGUAAAGGGGGCGGCGUCGGCGGCGGCGGCGGCGGGAAGAGUAAUGGCGGUGGGAGAAGCCGUGGUGGUGCUGGUUCGAGUAAAAAACGAAGGCGGUAUGAUGAUGAUGAUGAGGAGGAUGAAGAUGACGAUGAUGAGGAGCGGGAUGGGAAUUCGAGACAGAAAAAGAGAGUUGUGGCGGCUUUCUUUGAUGAUCAAGCAGAGGUUGACGAUGAGGAUGAAUAUGAAUCAACAGAUGGAGAAGACUAUGAAGGUGAACCAUUUAUAGAUCAUAGUGAUGAAAUACCUCAAGAAAGAGGUGUUGGCAGAAGGAUGGAACACCCUCAUUGGUUAGACAGAGGGGAUGAGGAAAUUGAUGUCGCGGAAUAUGAGAGAAUAGUUCAAGAGCGAUACCAACGCUACGAAGAUAAUUCCGGAGAUUAUGCUGAAGAUACCAAUGAUGUUGAGCAACAAGCAAUUCUGCCGUCAGUUAAGGAUCCCAAGUUGUGGAUAGUGAAAUGUGCGAUUGGUCGUGAGCGAGAGGCAGCUUUUUGCCUCAUGCAAAAGUGUAUUGAUCAAGGUCAUGGGAUGAAUAUAAGAUCUGCUAUUGCUCUCGAUUAUCUCAAGAAUUAUGUAUACAUUGAGGCUGAUAAGGAGGCCCAUGUUAAAGAGGCUUGCAAAGGUCUCAAAAUGUUGAAUACUACAAAAGUAAUGCUUGUUCCGAUUAAAGAAAUGAGUGACGUGCUUACAGUAAAAGGCAAAACCAUGGAUAUCGUAAAAGAUAUGUGGGUACGAGUGAAGAUUGGGAUAUAUAAAGGGGAUCUUGCAAAGGUUGUUAAUGUGUUAGAUAUGCGUCAAAGGGUUAUGGUCAAGCUAGUUCCAAGGGUUGAUUUACAAGCCAUUGCUGAUAAAUUGGAAGGUAGAAGAGUCACGAAGAAGGCAAUUGUCCCCACUCCACGUCUCAUAAACAUAAAUGAAGCGAGGAAGCUUAAUAUACCAGUAGACACUAGAAGGGGACGAAGCACUAGAAUGCACUUUGAUGUGUUUGAUGGAAAGAUGUUUAGCGAAGGUUUCCUAUAUAAAACACUAUCCAUGAAAUCAAUAAGUUAUCAGAAUAUUCAACCAUCUUUUGAUGAGCUUCAGAAGUUUUCUGAGCCUGGACAAGGAGUUGGGGGGAUUAUGUCCAUGUCCACUUCAGUUGCAAAUGGGAGAAAAUGCCCCUUCAUGAAGGGUGAUGCUGUUAUUGUUGUCAAAGGAGAUCUGAUGAAUCUGAUGGGAUGGGUUGAAAAAGUUGAUGAAGAUAAUGUCCAUAUCAGACCAAAAAGGAAGGACUUGCAUACAACAGUUAUUGUGAAUGGAAAAUAUGUUAGCAAAUAUUUCAAGCCUGGGGAUCAUGUGAAGGUUGUCUCUGGUGCUCAUGAAGGUGCAACCGGUAUGGUUAUUACGGUUAACAGUAAUGUACUCGUCAUCAUAUCUGAUGCUACUAAGGAAAAUAUCCGUGUCUUUGCUGACCACGUCGUGGACAGCUCUGAAGUAACAUCUGGAGUUACCAGAAUUGGGGAUUAUGAGCUUCACGACCUUGUCAUGCUUGAUAACAUGAGUUUUGGGGUAAUUAUACGGUUAGAGAGUGAAGCCCUCCACAUACUGAAGGGAGAUCCAGAUAGACCUGAGGUCGUACUAGUGAAGUUGAGGGAGAUCAAAUACAAGAUUGAGAGGAAGAAUACUGCUCAAGAUCGAUGGAAAAAUACUGUGUCUGUUAAAGAUGUUGUGAAGAUUCUCAUGGGUCCUUGCAAAGGGAAACAAGGUCCUGUUGAACAUAUACUGAAAGGAAUAUUGUUCAUAAAAGACCGUCAUCACAUGGAGCAUGCUGGUUAUAUUUGUGCAAAAGCACAGUCUUGUAUAGUAAUGGGCGGCUCUCAUUCCAAGGUUGUUUCCCCUCCCCCUAGAUAUGGAGCUUCUAGAGACUUGGCUCAUAUUCCCCCUUCACCAAGAAGAUGUCCUAGAGGAGGACCUCCAUUUAACUCUGGAGGAAGACAUACAGGUGGACGACGAGGGUAUGAUUCAUUUGUUGGCACUACCAUUAAAAUUCGUGUUGGUAACUACAAGGGAUGCCGUGGUCGUGUUGUAAGUGUUAAUGGCCAAUUAGUUCGAGUUGAACUGGAAUCUCAGAUGAAAACUGUUACAGUUAAACGUAACGAGAUCUCUGAUAACAUGGCUGUUUCUACGUCAUUCUGUGAAACACCUCAGCGUGGUAUUGGAAGUGAAACACCCAUGCAUCGAGCACAAACUCCACUGCGCCCAUGUAUGACUCCAUCAAGAGAUCAAGGAGGAGAAACACAGAUACAGAUCGGUAUCCGGACCCCCAUGCGUGAUCAAGCUUGGGAUCCUUAUGCUGCUGCUACUCCAGCCAGGGAUAGCUGGGAAGACGGAAAUCCUGGUUCACGGGAAACUCCUCUUGCACGUUCAAAUGAAGCCUCUGUAUCAGCAUCACCUAAAACAGGUUCGGGUUGGGGCAGCUCUGGUGAAAAAAAUCAUGGCUCAUGGGGAACUCCUCUUGCACGUUCAAAUGAAGCCUCAGUAUCAGCAUCACCGAACACAGAUUCAGGUUGGGGCACCUGGGGUGAAAAAAAUCCUGCCUCAUGGGGAACGCCUCUUGCACGUUCAAAUGAAGCCUCAGUAUCAGCAUCACCGAACACAGAUUUGGGUUGGGGCACCUGGGGUGAAAAAAAUCCUGGCUCAUGGGGAACCACUGCACAAGCCCAGCAGGGAACUCCUCUUGCACGUUCAAAUAAAGCCCCUGCAUCUCCGACCACAGGGUCAGGUUGGGAAAGUUGGGGCAAUCAAAAUCCUGGCUCGAGAGGAACCAGUCCACAAUGUCAGCGGGGAAGUCCUCUUGCACGUUCAAAUGAAUCGCCACCACCAGCAAUAACCACAGGUUCAGGUUGGGGCAGUUGGUAGAUACAGCAGCAGUUCAGUAAAUUACUCUUGGUUUUUAUUUAAUCUUACGGACAACAACUCAUUCUAAUGUGACAGAAUGGGGUCAUAUUUAAAGAUGCAGUAGGCUAAAUCAGUUUUUGUAUAGUCACUCGCUACGUUUAUAUUUAGCAAAGUCAUAGGUCAUUUGUUUUAGAUAUAUGUUCUCGACACCACGCCCUUUGACAAUGUAAGUUGAGUUUUUGUGGAUUGAAUGUCACAUUUUUGUACAGAGUUCUACUCUUUGACAGUAUCUGAAGUUCUGAACUUAAAUUUAACGAGGCAGGUCUGAGCCAUUUUAUGUG